AGAGAAAGCAUUCCCAACCACCGUGAUUUCUGAAAAUAAUGCCCCGGUGCUGAUCUGCUGGAAGUUCUGUAAGGGCUCUGUAGGUUGGCUCAAGCAGAGGAGACCUCAGUGCCCGCGGUGGCUGAACUACAGCGGUAAGGCGCUGCCAAAGCACUGCGCUGAGCGGAUCGUCGAUAAAAUGGACUCCAUGCCCAAGCUGAAGAUCUUUGUGAUGUUGCUGUCUCUGGUUACUUUCACAGCCAUGGUGAUACUGAAUGCUGGGAAUGCCACUGGGCUUUUCAAAGGUCUGUUCCGGACAACCCCUGGCAACAUCUCAGAGAAGUACAGCACUGACUUCACACCGGCCGGCUGGACUUUCCUCAUCUGGAAUGUCAUCUAUGCCUGGCAGCUGGCGUGGCUCCUGUAUGCUCUGUCAGGGAUCUGCCGGAGAAAUGAACUUGGAUACGUCUUCAUGAAGCCGGACUUGCUGCCAAUACCUUUUUAUGUGGCAUGGAUUCUGAAUAAUGGCCUCAAUGUUGGAUGGCUGUUUCUAUGGGACAGAGAAUACCUCCUCCCAGCCCUGCUGUUGCUGGCAGCCCUCACCUUUACCACAGGUGCUGCUCUCUUCAUCUCGCACAGAGCCUUGAGUAUCCAUUCCACGUGGUUCAUGAAGGGUCACCAAGCUGACCUCUGGCUCAUCCGGAUCCUAGUGCAGAAUGGGCUGGCACUGUAUGCCACAUGGACCACCAUCGCCACUCUGCUGAACUUUGCUGUUGUGUUGAUCUACAAGUGGGACGUGUCCAAUGAGACAGCAACGACUGCCUGUCUGAGCAUCCUUACCCUCAUGCUUGUCAUGUGGUUUUGCCAGGAGAACUUCUUUCUCGAUAAGUACGUCCGUUAUAACCUCACCAUCUACCCAGUGGUCAUAAUAGCUCUGACUGGCAGCAUGUGCAAGGACUUCUCUGUAUCCUCCCCAACCACCAACGGUGUUUUUAUAGUUGUACUGCUGGCACUGACUUGUUUCAUCUUUGCUGUUCGGCUGGCAUUAGUCAUAUGGAAGCACAGCAAUGAACCAGUGGAAGCACCAGCACCACCACCACAGCCAUCAAGCACAGCAGCCUGAGACCUCUGGCAUGGUGAUGCUAUGUCAGAUGCUUUAGAGGGAGAAGUAAGAGCUGAGCAUCCUGCUUCCACUGGUCCUUUCUUCCAGUAGCAAUUACCCUAUUUUUUUAGCUAUUUUUCUGGUUUUUUUUUUUUUAAAUAUGCUGGAUUAGUAAGGCUUGUGCCUGCAAACCCAUCCUCCUCCCCUGUUCUCUGAGCUCAGCUAUUUGCAGCCCCACCUCAAACAUGCACCUUCCUCUGUUUCAUUUUUGGUCAGUGGAGGAAGAGGCCCUUUGGAUGAGUAGCUCUGUAUACAUUUGUGAUGACAGAGCUGCUCCUUCCAGUGUGAGGGGGGCUGUCAGCAGAUGCUUGGCACGGAGAGUUGCCCUCACCCUUUCCUGGGAGCUAUGGUGGGCAUGGGAGGAGGGAUGGCUGAAUACUUCUGACACAGCUGCAAGUCUUCGGCCUAUUUCAGGUUGCUCUAACUCUAGGAACUGACAACCUGUUCAUUUCUCGGCACACAGUAUUAUCUCUGUGACUUUCUUACUGAAGCUUGUCACUGUGUCGGUGCCUCCAUCCAUGGCCCCAAAGUAACAGCAGAUCUGUGUCCCCUACCCCACUCCUCCUUUCAGACAGGGGAGAUCCAGGUGAUAUGGGAGCAGUGGGUUACUUGUCCUGAGCUGUGCCCAGUUGGUCACUGCCUCCUUGCAGCCCUUCUGCUGGGAGAUCAGCCAUUCAGACACCACCAUACCUGAUGGAGGGUGGAGCCUGCUGCUUCACGGAAUGCUUCUUGCAUUCUGAGCUGGGGUAGAGUGAGUUCUUCCUGGAUCAGUGCUUUAUAAUGUGGCUUCACCACUGUGGGCUUACUUUGGGAAGCCUGAAUGAGUACUGACUGGAUUGUCAGACCUCCACCUCUAUUUGCUGUGCCUACUAGAUUUGAUGGUGCCUUGUUGGUGUCUGGAAAGUCUUCCUCGAUGACUGGUGCUUGGAAAUGCUGAAUAUCUUGCAGUACUAUUACGAAGGUGAAUUCUACUAAAAUAACAUGUUAUUGUCUACAUUUAAUGAAGAGCAAAGUCUGUAUUAUGCUGUUCUUGUCAUUCCAUCACAUUUUUAAAUAAAGCAGCAACUGCCAACACUUUUCAUGCAA